AUGUCGAACCCACUGGACACCGACGCAGGCUCCGAGCUCUUCAGCAACUACGAAGCAGAGCUCAAGCUCAUCCAAGCAGAUGUAUCGCAGAAGCUGGACCAAAUCCCCGAGCUCUCGGGCGAGCCGCGAAAGUCAGCGAUAGCCCAAGCCGAACGAGCCUUAGACGAAGCCAAAGAACUCCUCGACUCGAUGCGGCUCGAGAAACAAAACAUCCCCCAAGCCUCCAAAGUCAAAGUCAACCAACGCUUCCGAAACUACGAAAGCGACGUCGAUGCCGCGAAAAGGAAACUCAAGAGUCUGCGAGAUGACCGUCAGGCAUUAUUCGGGAAGCGGUAUACAGAUAGCCCCACGGAAGACGAUCAGCUGGCGCAGCGCCAACAGCUUCUGAGCGGAACGGAGAGAUUGGAGCGCUCGAGUGGGAGACUACGAGAGUCGCAGAGAAUCGCGCUUGAGACGGAAGAUAUUGGACGCAAUACGCUGGCCGAUCUCAGCAGGCAGCGAGAAACGAUUGAGCAUACGAGGAGUACGUUGUUGGAGAGCGAGGGAUAUACGGAUAGGAGUAACAAGACGCUCAAGGGCAUGGCGAGAAGAAUGGCUACGAAUAAGAUCAUCACGGUUGCGAUUAUUGCGGUGUUGGUCAUAUUGAUUAUUGCGGUGAUUGUGAGCAAGUUUAGGUAG